AUGUUGAUAAGCACGAUGAACCUGAUCCCUGGGUCUUCAUACACAAUAUCACUUCUGGUGCAGUCUGCCUUGAGCUCAAGUCUGGUACAGCAGACAAUCACCAUUGCACGUUCUGGGGUCAAAGCGCUGAUAAAGGGAGGAAAUCGUACAGCCUACAGAAAUCAGGCAGAUUUUCUCAUAGAUGGAUCAGCAUCGUAUGACAUGGAUUACGUGGGCAUAACGGCGGGCUUGAGCUUCGAAUGGACAUGUGCUGUAGGAAAUGGCCCCUGUCGCUAUCUAAAUGGCUCAAAGUUGAUCCUUCCUUACGUGCCAUACCUCAACCUCAACCUCUACAGUCUGAAUCUUCAAGGCACUAGUGCUUUGCAAAUCACAUUGAUGGUGAGUAAAGGUGCAUACUUCGAUUCGCAAACAGUCAUCUUAGAGCUCUCCGACGCCCCCGUCCUACCAGUUGAGAUAUCUAGUAGUGUCAACAAUCAACUGUGGGUAUCUUUGAAGGCAGUGCCAGUGACAAACAACGCCAAGUAUUCAUGGAAUGUCAAAGAUUCUGCGAAUAACCUCAUGAAUCAAGUCUUGACCAAAAACAAUGCAUGCCCAGCCGGUAUAGAUUCAUAUGACCUGGUUAUCUUGAACCCUUCCAAAUUCUUGCCGCGCGGAAAGUAUGCAAUUUCCGUCGAAAUGCGAUAUGACAAUCUGGUUGGAACUGCCUCGAUACCUUUCAGAGUGACAUGGCCGCCCUCUGGUGGUCAAUGUGCGGUCAGUCCUACCUCGGGGGUAGAGCUCGAGCAAGACUUUCAAAUCAAGUGUAUCUCAUGGACCUCCGAUGAUUUGCCCUUGUCAUAUCAAUACGGCCUUGGUCGGAUCGGUUCAGCAGAGAUUUCUUGGACGCCUCAAUCGUACUUGAACGUACACUCUGCAAUCUUGACAAACGGAGAUUAUGGUAUGGUUGCGUCGAUCAUCGACAAUCUUGGAGGAGCUUCUCUGUCGGAAACGACGAACAUCAGGGUACGGCAAAAAGAAUUUGCAAAUGGGACAAACUUUGAGGACGAGCUGUUUGCAAACAUUGCGAAGGCGAUAGAUCAGUUCAACAGCCUUGGAUUGCUUGGGCAGAGUUUGCAACUUUCCAAUAGUGCCCUUCUCAGUUUGCAGGAAAAUCAAAAUCGCCGCCUGUUGGCAUCGUCCUUGGCUUAUCGGAUGCGUGUGAGAAACAUGCUUCUUGCAAAGAUGGCAGGCGGAACAGUCAACGACAAAAUGAACACCAGGACGAUGUCAUCAUCCCUGGAGACAGUAAGCAAUGCACUGCAACAACCUUCGGAAAUCAGCCCGAAUGGAUGCUCAGACGUGGGACAACUGUUGGGGACCUGUACGACGUUCAUGACUGUUGACUUCUUGCGUGGCGAUGGGAUCUUUGCUUUUCUCUCUUCGUUCGACGCAUACCUAAUCACAGCCAAGAACUUUGACAAACCUAUGAGACAAGCCUCUCUCAUCUCGGUGUUGAACAACGUGCUGAAUGCUUCCACGUUAUUGUCGACCUCGAUGGUGCAAACUGAGCAAGCUUUUCAUCAGGCCCUUGCCAUGUUCACGGUGCAGGUCCAGCGGUGCGGAGUCGACCUGAGCCAAGAAGAAGUCAAUCUAAUGGAGCAAAGGGUGUCUGUUGAUUUCGGGGCUUUCAGGGCCUUGUCAAACCUGAGAAGCCAAGACUUGUCUAUCACGCUGGUUCACACGAAGGAGUUCUGGUUCUUGGAUGACUUGUACAACCUGGGCUAUACUGUUGUGUCAAACCCUUCAGUCUUGUAUUACCUCUACUCCCUGCCAGACCUGAAAAUGGUGUGGGACUGCAAGGGUUCCGACUCGCCCUGUUUCAGCGUUCAGGUAGAUAUGAACCGAAGUACAGCUGAACAAGCCCAUGAUCUCUUGCUCAAGUGUGUGCUGUGGAACGCUCAGAGUGCAGCAUGGGACUUCAAGGCCUGCACGUUGGGAUCCAUCUCUCUACAGGCAGAGUCAGCGACAGCCCAGUGCCUGUGCAACAGCGUGGGCUCAGCCUUGGUCAUCCAAGAGAACCUGGACGCCUCCGGAUUCUUCAACAUCAACAACAAGUUCAACCUGCACCAUAUUUUUGAGUGGCUGCUCCUCACUAUCAUCGUUCACUUUUGUGUGGCGACCUUCGUCGUCGUGGUCACCUUUCGUGGAACUCUCAACUCAAUCCUCUCGUCCUCGUCCUUGAACACUGGCCGUCCUCACCAUCGCAGGGCUUCAGACCGGAAGAUGCUCUUCCUCGAGUAUGAGAUCAAAGGAGAGCUGGGAAUGUUGCAACAUGUCAAGGAACCAGGAGGGCAGGAAGAGGAGGAGCAUAGACGCUCUUCUCCAGCUGAGCACAACUCAGUGAGUUGUACAUGCUGCAAACUGAACAGACAGACAGUCAAGUUUUCCACGCAGGAUGCUGCGGGGAGCCAUGCUGUCUCCUCCUCCCCAUCCCAGUGGUUUGAAGAAUGCCAGGUCGUCUCGUCUCCUCACACAGUCGUCGAGCGGAGGCAGAGAAUGACGCUCAGGUUUAGGAAGAGUCAAGUCGCUGAGCCCGUCAUGUUGUCUGAAUGA